GUCACUUCUGAACCAUGGAGCUAAGACUGUUUCACCAAAGAUGUUGAAGCAGUGCGUCCUCUCUCCUGCCACUCUGGAGGUGCUGCUGAACUCGUACACAUCCCUCCCUGCCUGCGAGUGGAUGGACUCUCUGUCCGCCGAGGUGUACGAGGAGCACCGGUCUUUCUUCGACUUGGUGCGUCAGCGGAGCGCUCAGCCUCGCUCUCUGCAGCAUCUCUGUCGAUGUGCUGUGCGCCUGCGUCUCGGAGGUCUAUGUUUUCCAGCGGUCCGUGAACUGGACAUUCCGGGCUCCGUGAGGGAUUACCUCCUGCUGAGUAACGACGGGACUCUCCUGUGACAUCACACUGUGCGACACCUGCAACUCUUUGGAGACAAGAUUUAUUUUAGAUCACGACGACCUGUU